UUCGGCUUCCACUCCGCGGCCUCGCAGUCCCCCACCCCCGCCUCUUCUACCCGAACCCACCUUCGCUCCCUUUCCAGGCCGGGUCAAUGCGGUGCUUUCCGCCGGGCCAUGGACACCAGCGACCUCUUCACCAGCUGCAAGAAGGGCGACGUUUGUCGCGUGCGAUACCUUCUUGAACAGCGAGAUGUUGAAAUCAAUGUCCGAGACAAAUGGGACAGUACGCCUUUAUAUUAUGCUUGUCUCUGUGGACAUGAAGAACUUGUGCAAUAUCUUCUAGCCAAUGGUGCAAAAUGUGAAGCAAACACAUUUGAUGGUGAACGUUGCUUAUAUGGAGCUCUGAAUGAUACUAUUCGGCGAGUGUUGAAGGAAUAUAAACAGAUCACAGCAAAGUGCAUGAAGAGGGACUAUUAUGAUGCAUUUCUUCAGCGGCUUCUAGAACAGGGUUACCACAGUGACAUUGUUUUUAUUGUUCAUGGGAAGUCUUUCUGUGCUCAUCGCUGUGUACUGGGUGCUCGAAGUGCAUAUUUUGCAGAAAUGUUUGAGACCAAGUGGAAGGGGAAAAAUGUCAUAGCACUGAAACAUCCAUUGAUCAAUCCAGCAGCCUUUAGUUCCCUUCUGCAAUACCUCUAUACAGGGUGUUUGGACAUAGAUGUAGAAUAUGUUAAUGACUGCAAGAGAUUGGCCAAACAAUGUCAGCUCCAAGAUCUCAUUGAAGACUUGGAAACCAAAUGUAAAAAGGUGUAUGAAUUUGUUUCGUCCAAGCCAGGCACCUGUGUAAAGGUGCUUACAAUUGAACCAUCAGGUGAUUCACGGUUGCAGGAAGACCUCGCUCUGCUAGCAGAGUGUGCCUUGCCAGCUGAAUUCAGGGUAGGUUUUGGAGAGUUGCCUUUUGAUAGCACCGACAGCUUCAGUAGUUAUCCUGAUCUGUGUUUCCGAGUGGCAAAUUACAGUUUCCUGUGUCACAAGGCAUUUUUCUGUGGCCGAAGUGACUAUUUCAAAGCCCUUCUAGAGGACCACUUCUCAGAGAGUGAGGAACUACAGACCCAACCCAGCAUCCCUGUGGUGACUCUUCACGACAUUUCAGAGGAGAUCUUCAUCAGAGUUCUAUAUUACAUCUAUAGUGAUGACACAGAGUUGUCUCCUGAAAACGCCUAUGAAGUGCUUUGUGUGGCCGAUAUGUAUCUGUUACCUGGGCUCAAGCGUCUGUGUGGGAGAAUUUUGGCACAGGUUCUUGAGGAAGACAGUGUUGUCAGCAUCUGGAAGAUUGCAAAGCUAUUCCAGCUGACCCGAUUGGAAGAUCAAUGCACAGAGUAUAUGGCAAGGAUAAUUGAGAAGUUAGUGGAGUUUGAGGAAUUUGCAGCAGCCGUGAAGGAGAAUGCUGAUGCCGUGGAGGAGCGGCAGGAGACUGAUUCUAUUCCUCUGGUGGAUGACAUCCGUUUUCACAUAACCAGCAACGUUCAAACGUACAGUGCCAUUGAAGAGGCUAACCAGAAAUUAGAUGCCCUGGAUAAUCUUUUGGCUAGCAUCGGACUUGAAUGUUAAGCUGGGAGAUUUUCUUGUGUCAUUAUAUGAAGUAUCAGUUCAGAGUUCAUUUCUGCAAAGUUCACAUCUUUUUCUCUCUUAUUUGGUUUUCCCAUUUCUUUAUAUUUUAUUUAAGUUUCUCUUAUUUUUUGUGUUACUGACUAUUGCAUCUGGGUUAAUAUUUUUCUUCUUCCAGGAAACAGGUCCCCAGAAGAAUCUGUAAUUUAAAAAUAUGGUUGGGUGUAUCUAAUGUUGUUGAGGAAAGAUUUGCAUGUUUUAUGUAAUGAAUGUACCGUUUAGCGUAUAACUGCAGUCCCAAAAAGCCCAAUGAAAAUAGGUCCACCCUUCAGAACAUUGCCAUUCCUGCUGGAUAAAGAAGGAAAUAAAAACUUUUACUGAAUUAUAAGAAUAGGAAAUUGGUGGACUAGAAGCUGGGACUGCCUGCUGUUAGUCUUACAGCCUAAUCUUCCAAAUGUGCACAGCUGGAACUGAGCAGACCCGUUUCUAGUCUAGCUACCUUAUUCAUCAGGUGAUCAACUCCAAUUGCUUCUUUAAAAAAAUUCUGUUCUGAUCCUUGAAAUAAAAUAUUUUGUCAUCACUAGGUGCAAAUGCACUCCCCCCGCUUUUUCCCCCCUGCUAUUUUGUAGGGGACAUUGAGACAUGGAGGCUUACCAUAUCUGUAGAUAGUAAUGUUCCUUUGAUUUUAUUAUGCUUGGGGAUUCACCCAACUGAUUCACAAAUUUUAGCAUGGAGUAUGUAUGUACAAGUGACUGUGUUCUACUUGCAUGAUACCACAAUGGAUCGAUGGAGCAUUGUUUCCCUUUGCAGUGGAGGUAUACAUUUGUUUUGUGCAGAUCCCAAUAUUGUGAGGCAAUAGAAGGUAUCAUCUUGCUAGUUCUACCCUUUGAUAUAUUGAAUGGCAGAUGGGAAUAUAUGCACAUGCCAUAGUCUACACAGUGCAAUAUUUUAGGGUAAACAUCCUUUGGAUUAAGUCAGUUCACAUUAAGGUCACCUAUGUGAAGGGCUGUAUGAAAAUUUAACAUUCUCUUGUUGGAUGCAGUGAGGUGUAGGUAAUCCAUAUGUACACAGUUCUAAUAUCUAUGAUCACCUGUUGAUAACAGAUGUUCUGGCUGGCUCUAUGUAAUUGGCAGGUUUCCUAAAUGAGACUAGUGCUGUUUCCCCAUUCUGUAUAUAUUAAAUCUAGGGUAUAUAUAAAUAACUCAUGAGAUUAGUUUAAUUACUAAAUUCAGAAUAGCAUAGCAGAGUGAUAGAGGUGCCCUGAACUAACAUUUGUCAAGUUUUCUACCUGACCUUUCAUAAUCUGCAUCGUCAUGCCAUAUUUACAUGUUGCACAAUUAUUAAGAUCUUAGUCUGUAAGUAAAUAGUGUCUUACCACUGUCCAGGUCAUUAUGUUCUCUGUUACUCCCCCCCACCCGCUCAAUUAAUAUGAAUGAUAGAUGGAAAAUGCAUUCUGGCCAUUCAGAAAGUGGGAAGGGAGAGAUGGGGGAAAUGCAGUAAAAUGAGUGCGUAAUAUAGAAACCAUAGUAAGUAGAUCAGCCAGGGUUCUAUGUCACCCAACCACCCUAGAAUUAUGUGCUUGUCAUUAGAGAAAUUUGACAAGGAAAAUACUAAAUCCCAUUUGGCUUACCCUGACCUUAUGAGGCAAUAUUUUUCCUAUACUACGGUACUACUGUUAGUAAGUGUUACAGCAAUUGCAUUGAUAGAUUAACUUUAGUGGGACAUUGAUGUGACAAAAAUGAUGUUGGACUCUAGCACAGUUUUCCAUGCACUGAUAACUCUUUACACAUAAGGUCAAGAAGUUGUGUAUUCCUAAUAGUAUGCCAAGGAAAGCACACCUCUUAAAGGAAUGGUGCUUAUUUAAAAGCAUGUGGAAAUAGUCUGUUAUUCACAAGCCAUAAAUAAAAGCCUGGCCAGGAUCUUUUUCCCCCUGCAUUUUAUGAGGAAAAUCAAGGGAACUAAAAUGCUGGAUUUCUUGACAUUUCUUUUCGGCAAACAUCUUUGGCAAAUAUUUUAGACUGUUUCUUGUACCAACUUAUAAGCCCCCUCCAGUGAAUAAAUGGACAUCAUAGUGGAAUAAAUUAUAACAACCUUUUCUGUUUCAAUUUUUUAUUUGAAAUAGUAAAUUAUUGGAACAAAAACAAAGCACAGUAAGCUUUUUUAAGCAUCCUAGUGUUCUCUUCCUUGCAAAUAUCUAGUAAAGUUAACAUGAUAUAAGCACAGAAAAUUACUACUAGUAAUUGCUUAUUGGUGGGUUUUUUUUAAAUAAAAGACUUUUUAAAAAUAUUGUCAAGUGAAGAUCCAGUUAACUUUUAGGCAAUGAAGGUGGCUGAACAAAGCUUUGUUCAUAGUACUGAGAAUUAUAAGUAAAUUCAGAAUGAAUUACCAGUAUUACUGUGUUUGGAAGCUGCUUCUCAGUACAGCUCCUUGUUGAGCUAUCCCCUUGCUCUGUCUCAUAUUUUGUUGGUUGCCUUGAUAUAAAUCAGAGUUGUGGAUAAAAACAAGCACCAGUAGUACCUAUUUAACAUUUGGUGAAAAGUCACCUUUCUUAAAUCCAAAGAAGUUAGGAAAACAAUGGAUCUCUUAAUUAUUUAUUGUAUAGUCUUCCUGGCUAUUAA